ACAAAACCCCACACGACGUUAUUCAUUACACCAACUAUGCUCUAACCACGGCUUUAAAAGGAAAAAGCUCCCAUUCUGCAUUUUAUUUCAUCUGGCUGUUGUAUAAAUGACUGAAACAGCAGCUGAGAGCAUUCAGACGUUCCAGGAAUAACACAAAUGUCUACGCUGCAAGCUGGAGCCUAAAGACAGCAAUGACUUGGUCUCAGGAAACCAUCACUCCUGUACAUCGUAAGCAACACCAGAAUCACAGAAGUCUGUGUUGGAAGGGACCCUUAGCGGCCAUCAGUCCCACUCCAUGCAGUGCACAGGGACACGCAGAGCCCCAUCACUGCAAUCCUGACUGCCUUCAGGCUUGCUCGCUUGUGCAAGACCGGACAUAUUUCCACACGUGCCAACAGCUCCCUCCCACAGAGCACUGUGGUACAGCUCCUUCCCUCAGGAACAGGAGGAGGAGGAGAGGAAGGCCGCAGCUCCGCUCCUCCCCAGCCCAACCCCAGCAGGCGGGAGCUGCCGCCCUGCUUCCUGCUGCCGCUCUGCUUCCUGCUGCCGGCACCCGGCCCACGGCCUUCCUGCACCAUGGCGGAGCUGCCGCCGGCCCACGGCCCUGCUAACCGAGCAGCAGCCCUGGCUGCGGCCUGCAUCAGCCACCGCCACGGGAGCCCCGGGCACGGCUGGGUGCUGCAGGCUGUGCGCCGUGCCCACAGGGAGGAUAUUGAUGGCAUCGGGCACAAAUACCACCUGGAAUUCGUGUUAGAAGACAUAUUUGAGAAAGACAGUACUGUUAACUGCACUGCUGAGGUUCUUUACCAUCUGGGCAACAAAAAGAAUGCUCCAGAUGUGCAAUUUACAAUUGAAGGAGAACUUAAGAACACAGACGAAGCAGAUAACACAUUCUACAAUCGAAUCAAGAGCCUGAAAAAAGAGCUCGAAGCAGAGAACAUACCAGACAGCUGUGGCAACGUGUCCCCAGAAAUGCAGCCCAUCAGAGCGCUUGCCUGGGCUGCCUCUGGCUACGUGAUAUGGCAGAACUCAGCUGACAAUACCAACUACCAACUUGCCCAGAUUAAACAUGUGAAGCAAGUGAAAAGAACUGAUGAAUACCUGGAAUUUGAUUACAGGAUUCUACUUCAUGAAAAUGUGUCCCAGGAGAUUAUCCCAUGGCAGAUGACAGUUCUUUGGCACCCGCAGCACGGCGUUGAAGUAACACAGAACAGCCGUCAGCCAAAGCAUGCACUGGACUGAUGGAGCAUCCAAUAUUGCAAUGCAAGAGGCACAGAUGGUGCCGUAACCAUUUCAGGAGGGGCACAUAAGGUGAUUUGUGAACGCAGUGGAUGUAGGAAGAAUCAUUGCUCAAAGAAACUUUGUUUCCUGUACGCAGUGCUUCAAUCCAAUAAUUGACAGGCACUGCCUCUACCACGUAAUCAAAUCCUGCAUCAAAACAAUCAGAACAAACUCUGUUGCUAGAAGGAAU